AUGCCUGUGCCUAACAAAGCAUUAAAUCCUCUUUCCAAAAAAGUACAAAAAGUAUUAGAGUUAAAUUUAGACAAAGAUCAAGAUUUACAAGAUUCGUUAGAGGCGAUUAGUCAGUUUUACCAUGAAAACACAUUAGAUAAUAGACGGCAUUUGAGAAGCGAUAUUGAAAAUCAAAAUCUUUCACUGGGAUUCGAUUUUUUAAAAAUUCUUACUGACAUCAAAAAUGGAGUGGAAAAAUUUGAUGAAAACAUAAAUAAAAUGGUUGAAUGCUGCCAAAAUAUUGAAAAACAUAUCAAUACAACUAAAUCACAAACCAAGGAUAUUAUAAGUUAUUCUAAAUCAUUAAUAGAGGAAAAGGGAUUACUAAAUGAAAAAAGUGUAUUUAUUAAGAGCUUCAUGAACAAGUUCUUUUUGAAACCUGAAGAAAUACAGAAAUUUACCAAUGAUGAACCUAUAGACGAGGAUUUUCUAGAUAUGUUUGAGAGGAUAAAACAAAUCAAUAACAUUGAAAUGUCUAUGCUCAAUGAUAAAAGUAUUAACAAUCACCCAAAACAAUAUGGGCUUGACCAAGCAUUCAUUGAGAACAUUAUAAAAGAUAAUAAAUUGAAUAAACAAAAGGCUACAGAAAAAUUAUACAAGUGGACAUUAAGAGAAUGUCGUUUACUUUCAACCGAAAACGCCUUCGUAAAGCCGCUUCUGCACAAAUCUUUGCUGAUAUUCCGAAAUUCCUGCGAUCCCGAUGGUGAAAAUAGUAUGUACGAUCAAAUCGUGCAGACCUUCAUAGACGUUCGCAAAGCUAAUCUUUCCAAUUCGUUCACGAGGGCUCUCACUCAAGAAGGUCCCGGGGGUGUGCCUAAGCCCAUAGAACUCAGUUCUCACGACCCGCCUAGGUAUGUAGGAGAUAUGCUGGCUUGGUUGCAUCAAUUUCUCAUGGGGGAACGCGAGAUAAUAGAGACCUUAUUUUCGACCGUUUUGACCGACACUCCCCAAGGUGGCCGAAAAAGAAUUGAUGAUAAGGUAUCACUGAUCGAUAAAGAUUCGCCACUAACGACCAAUCAAUGCCUGCCAAAGGAUGAUGGCACGAGUCAGGAAGAAGAGAUCAAAUCCAUACUGACCAGCAUAGUGGAAGGUGUUUGCCGACCUUUGAAAAUGCGAAUCGAGCAAAUUUUGGUUUCCGAGAAUAGCCAAGUGACCCUCUUCCAAUUGCUGCACCUGCUACGCUAUUAUUUCGGCGAGGCGCUGCCACCGUAUCUCUCGCUUCAAAAACCCCGAAAUCUUUGCGCCGCCCUUCUCGAUUGUCAGCAACUUUGCAAGGAUAAGCUCCUGGCGACCCUCUCCGUUUGGAGCAAAAAAAUGGCCGGAAACGAUGAUCAAGAAAAACCUUCUAACGAUCUUUAUCCAACGCCGUCGCUGACCUACACGCUUUACGUUAUUACCGGUAUGUUCGGAGUCGCCAAAUCCUCUCUACUCUCGACACAAAAUCAAUCAUCCUACUUGAAAGAAUUUAAGCAGAUUAUGGACCAAUUUAAAGCUCCCAUCAUUCAAUGCAUACUCAAAACCUCGGCCUUACUGAGUGACCGUACGGAUAACGAGAAAGAAGUCAUUCAGAAUGUCUAUCAACUUAAUUGCUUCUAUUUAACGCGUCACGAAUUGGAUCCUACCUAUCCCCUCAACGUUGAAGCUGAAAAGGUAAUCGAUUCGGAUUCAGAGGAUUUUCCCAAUUUUCUUCGCCGAUUUUUGACUGACAUUGAGAUCGAACUUAGGGUUCCGGAAAAAUUAAACUUCUUAGCCACGUCGCAGGCCGAUUACGUCCUGUCCAAAACUGGUCUUAAACUGCUAGCUCAAAAAUUGUCGGAAGAAGGGUCUAGCCAGCACCUCCCAAAUUUUGUGCCGGAAAUACCGAACCUCGGGAAUUCGGCGGGAGCGCCGGACGUCGGAACGAACGAAGAGCACCGUACGCAGCGUGGAAAUGGAGCGUCGGAGACGGGAAAUUCGGGAUCCAGGAACUACGAAUUAUCUCAUUUUACCACCGCGAGCUUCUUGCUCUUCGACCAGUACUUGUCCGCGCCCGACCUGUUCGUUCUACCGGAGAUCGCGCUAUUGCACGACCUGAAUAUUAAGGAUGACAUUCUAACAAAAUCGCACGGUAUCAUAUCCCAAUCUUAUUCCCAGAUCUAUUCUUCCGUUACCGAUGAUCGCCAGGACAUUAUACAUUCCCUGAACGCUUCCAACCUCGUUCUCAAGACGCCUCAGCAAAUCGCGCAAUUAUUACUUUAAGAUUUAAAAUGUCAAUCAUUUAUAUAUGUAAAGGGGAUUAAUAAAAUGUGAUUUUAUAUAAAUUUAAUUUAUUUAUUGAUUGAA